AUGGACUCUUGCGUGCAGGCCAGCCACCACGAACUGCUUUCGCUCAGUCCCUCCGAUCAUUCUGUGGUGCGAUAUACCAACGAUUCGCUAAUAGUCCAAUGCCGUAGCUCAACAUCAGAAGCGCAGUUGGUGUGGAAGUCGCCGAAGGGAGAAAUAAUUAAGGAGCACAAAGGACGUAUACACAUCGAGCAAAGUGCGCCAGAACAAUUGAAAAUUGUUUUUCUACACAUUUCACUCGGCGACAAGGGCAAGUGGACGUGCGAAGAUGCCAAUGGCGACAGAGCGGAAAAGUCUUUGGAUCUCAUUGUCUACCAAAAAAUUGCUUUCGCUGAAAAUUUCACCAUUCUUACGGUAAAGGAAGGCAAGGAUGCAUUCAUACGUUGCGAAGUGAAAGGCGAACCACAACCAAAUGUCACCUGGCACUACAAUGGGCAGCCAAUUAUUGUUGAAACAUUUACAGGCAACUCAACGAAAUUUCAGAUUCUGGCUGAUGGAUUACAGGUCCGCAAGGUAACGCAGAACGACACCGGCGAAUAUACGUGCCGCGCCUAUCAAGUGAACACCAUCGCUUCGGACAUGCAGGAGCGCACCAUUUUGAUGAAAAUCGAACAUAAGCCAUUCUGGAUGCACAACCAUCAUAUUUCACUGCAGUAUGUCUACGUCAAUGGCAGCGUGUCCAUACCGUGUCAGGCCAUCGCUGAGCCGCCAGCCAAUUUUACCUGGUACAAGAAUAGCAACAAGAAACGUUUGCGCAACGACAAACACUACAGCUUCGAAACGGAUUAUUAUGCAUCCAAUUUGACGAUUCAAGCGCGCGACGAUAGCGUAUACGACACGUAUCGCUGCCUAGCGGAGAACAAUCUGGGCGCCAUUGAACGCAGCACCGUAUUGGAGCGCGGUGUGAAGCCACCACCACCGACGGUGUUGCAGUUGCGCGGCUUCAAUUCGAAUACGUUCGAUGUGGAUGUGGGUUCGGUGCGCACUUCACCGGUGCGUAAAUUGAUGGAGGUGAAUGGAUUUCGUAUUGAGUAUAUGACGGAAUAUGAAUUCAAAUCAGAUGCAGGCAAAUGGACGAAUGCUAAGCGCAGAGAUUUUCCAUUCGAAGAUGGCGCAACUUUUCUCAUCAACAAUUUGGAAGCCAACACCACCUAUUUCAUGCGCGCUGCAACUAAAAAUCUCGCCGGUUUCAGCGAUUGGACAAAAGUCGAAAAAUUUCGUACAAUCUCCAAUGAGCCGCCAUCAUCGUCGACGCGCUUGGCGCACUUGAGCGCCGUACAAUUGUUGUGCAUAUCGCUGGUGGCGUUGUUGUUGUGCAAGGAAUUGUCAUUCGGUUUUCAACCAGUUGCCAGUAUAACAAAGCUACGUCGCGCUGCAGGCGUGCGUUGGUGAAGCGUGCGCAAGCUGGUGGAAUUGCAACUAUUUAGAUGUGUAUGUAUGUAUGUAGGAGUAUCUACUGAUAAAGUCUAGCAGCAGCGUAGAAGAGGUGGGAAUGGUUGAUGGUUGAGAGAGAGAGGGUGGCAUGGGUUUCAUGAUAGUGAAAAAUUGAUUGAUUAGCGCUAAGGAUUAAAGAGUUUGAAAUAUUUAAUUUAAUUUAAGUAAAAAUAAGAAGAAAUGAAAGUAGAAACAAAAACAAGAAUAAUUAAUCAGAUAACUAUUUAUAUUGUUAUUACAGCAAAAUUUCCAAUAACCAAUGAAGUUUAAUAUUACAUAUUUUUUUCAUAAUUUUUUUUAGUUUUUUUAUGUUUAUUUAAAACUGUGGAAUUAAUUGAUUUCAAUGUAAAUGCGUGUGAAAAUGAUUGCAUUAUUAAUGCCAGUCGUAAAAAAAUCGACGUUUAUGAAAAUAUACAUAUAUAUGUAUAUAUUAGGGUGGUCCUUAAACAUAGGAAGCAAAUUUUUACAUCAGAUUGCCUAAGCCUCAACCCCUACGUCGAUGUCACUAUAGCCGAAGAUAUCACAUAUAAAUUUUGGCCCCGAUUGGAGCCGGUUAAGGCGUGGCGCCUUAUGUGACAUCUUCGACUUCAGUAGUAUCGAUUUUGGGUAUUAAACGAAAAAAAUAUUUUUAAUUUUUUGAGUCCCUAGACCCAGAGCCAGACGCUCCAGCCUUGGCCUCAUUGCGACACGUUUUAACUGACUCCAAUCGGGACCAAAAUUUAUACGUGAUAUUUUUGACUACGGCUGUAGCG